UCUUGACCCAAAGGAUUAGUUCCAUAAGAUCCCAAUUCCGCCACCAUUUCCGACCUCAUCCUCCCAAAAUUAUCCGAUCCGCCUCCGCCUCCGCUGCCACUGCUUCUCCGCCGAUCUUUUUCAUCAUGUUACGGAUCAGAUGAUUUCCGGGUUUUCCUUUUGAAUCAACGAUUUCAGGUUCUCAUGUUCUCAACCUUUGUGCUUUGAUUCGCACAUUUUCAAUUUCUUUACAAAGUUUUCUUCAAGCUCUUGGCUCGCAAAUCUGUGGUUUUGUUAGACCCUACGAAAAUUAGGGUUACGAAGAGCAUUUCAGUAUGCCUUCGGUGCCUAUUGAUCUCUUCCUUCGCCCUCUGCUACCUUCUUUGACUUCUUUUCAUGGUGGUUCAUCCUCGCAUCGUCUGAAGCGGCUCGAAAAGGGUGAUCGGCGUGGUAAUCUUAGUUAACAUGGGGUUCCUUUAGUGCAUUUCGUGCUCUAUUCGUAUUCUUCAAUCUUCUUUUUCCUCCUCCUUGCUCUUUUUGGUCCGUUCGAGGUUUGGAAUUCCUAGAGAAAUUAUAAUUGUACGGUAAGGGUUUAUUAUUUUCAUCUUGAUCUUGAGGUUUUUUUGGCGGUCGAAGCCUCUGAAAGCGAGUCACUGGCGAUUGGCUACUCGUUGAGAGGGUUUUUGCAUAGGUUCUAGCAGAUUUCUUGUGUCUUACAUAAGCCUGAAUGGACAUUGCUUCGAUUCAUCAGAAGUUGCUCCAAGAUGUAGACGUUGUGGUGGAUGAUCUGCAGUCGUCUUUGAAAGAUAUUGAUGCUGCAUUGUUUAAUGAUCUUGAUGGAUUUUUUAAGAAAUCUUUGAGCAUUGAAGAUACUCAUAGUUCAAAAUGUAAACGUAAUGUGAAUUGCAGGGAUAAUUCAAAUGAUGAAAACAAACAAAAAGAGCUUGAAAUUCCCAAGAACAACUCAUCUAAGAAGUGUUUAAGCAAAUCCAAGUCCUUUCCCCUCCCUGUUACCACAUCCCCACCUAAAGAUUAUCCAGACAAUGAUAAGAAACCAAAAACAACGGUGGGUGAUGUGUCUUGUAACGAGACUAUGCAUCAAGCCUUUUCACGAUCCAUAUCUUUACCAGCUCCUGCAAAGCUCAUAUCUGCGAUGAAAGGUAGUCGAGCACAACACUAUGGGGAGUCACCUAAGAUGACUGUGACAUGGGCUCCUGAUGUGUACGACCCUCCUCAGACCUCGUUGUGCCACUGUGUCAAAAACAACAAGAAACAGCAGAAAUCUAAGAACAGGAAGAAUGGGAAAAAAGGACAGAAAGGCAGCAACUCUUCGCGCGGGAGUGGUGGCAGGGACAAAAGGCAGGCUCGAAAAUCUGUUGGUAGUUCUGAUCGGUAUCAAAGAUCAUUUAACUCUCCAAGUGUGGUUAAUACUCUCAAUGAGUUUGAUAGUUUUGACGACGGGAGCUCCGACUCUCACUGUGGAAGCAUCUUCCUGAAAACAUCGGUCACCAAGGUGCACUACUCUGUUACUGAAGCCUUGUAAGCGUUACUUGUCCAAGUUUUCAUCUUCUCUCACAGUUCCUGUACAUAAAUAAAUCGUUGUUUUGGUUUCUUUUGUGAUUGUUGAUGACCGAGAUGCUUGGACCAAAAAAUUGUAUGACUUUAACUCGUUUGUUGUUUGGUACGAGAGAUUUCAAGGAUUUAUAAACCUUUUUUGUUAUAUGAAGUUUGGUGAAAUUCGCUUUUUAUAAACACAACUGAAAUCAUAUGUUACCA